AUGGUGAACUUACGCUGGGGGCUGGGGCGAGGGCUGUGCCGCGGGCUGCUGUCCGGGCUGCUCACCACCACCAGUGGCGCAUUUGAGGUGCCCGUCAGGGGCUGGCUGCCCGCCAAGUCGUUGGCCCUCUUCGCCACCCACUGGGCUAACGUCUCCACGUCCCUGCCAAGACAAAAACAGAUCAAGAAAGGCGGCACGAUUGGAAAGGAUGGGGAUGAUGGGGGGCGAAAUGCUUACUCGUCCUCCACCUCCUUUCUGCUGCCUUCCUCUUCCUCCCCGGGCUGGGGGAUGAAUAUUCAAAGGCAACCUUUGUGCCAGCAUCUGCGAGAGGAGGGGAAGGCGAACGAGUCUGGUAGCGCUUGGAUGAAGAAGAGGGGGUCAUCUUCUUCUUCACCAUCGCGGCCUUCUUCUUCGCUGCCGCGACCCUCGUUUCACACACAGACUCCCCUGGACCCCUUGCCGCCGCUCGGCCCUGCUGGCUCGGACCGGCUAGCUAGAGCUGGCCUGACGCAGGAUGCGUCCCUUCCUCAUAGCCGAGGGGUCGUCGGCUUCAGCCUCCUCCUCGAUCGAUUUGUCAACCACGUCUUCGACAAGGGGGGCAUCGGUGCUGACGCUGCCCGCCUCCCUGGAAGAUUUCACCCACUGGGCGAGCUCCUUCUCUUCUGCUUAAACGGCGGCUUCAUUCUCCACGCUGCCGACGUCGCCGGCUGCCCUGGCAACCUCCUCCUCCGCCACCCUGGCGGCGAUGUCGGUUUGAGGCCAUGCGCGUUGAAGACUGGCAUCAUAUUAAGGAUGUCGGAUUGGCGGGAGUUGUUGCUCAGCAGGACCACUCCCGCCGGAAGCCCAAAUAAGGGCCCCUUGAUGACCUUGCUGGACUUCGCGGCCCUGCCGGUCCUCUCCACCCUGCCAUCGGCGUACACGUCGAGCUGGAAGAGCCUCUGGCAAUACCAGGAGUGCCCCAGCACCGUGAGGUUGUGCUUCAGGCUGGGGCAGAGCCUCAUGAUGUCGGUCGUGUUCCUGAAAUCCCAGGCCAGCCUCCCCCUAUUGUGCAGCCGAGCAAUUCGGCGGUGUAUGAAAUCUGUCGCAAUCAUCUCAAGGGUGAGCCCAGCGUCAGUGAGGCAGCAAAUCCUGGUGGUGGCGAUCGAGAACUUCUUGUCGCCGGUGUCGAGAAUUCUUAUUUUACAGUACAUGCUUCAACUGCAGCGUUUCCUUGCUGACGCCAGAGCUACCAAUAUAAUCUCCCCCGACCGCACUCCCAAGGAAACGCUCGUGAAAUAUUAUGGCAUAUGCGAUCGUUUGUUGGCCGUCCUCCAAAAGGAUAGUGUUCCACGCUUCCUCCGCAUCUUCGAGAAGUACAGGGAGUGCUUGGUUUCUGGUUUUGUCAUCAUUCCACAAACCCUUGACUUAAUUAUUCUAGAGAAUGCUCUGCGUUGUGCUAAUCUUGUUUUGGAGGGCAAGUCGCCUAAGCUCUGCGGGGUACGUGCCAACCCCAACUACAUGACCAGCUUUGGGUACUUCCCCCUCCACCAAGCUGCAGAGUCAUUCUCCGUUGAAAUGGUUGAGUUACUGUUACGGUAUGGCGCAUCUGCCAAUCAGCGCACCUCGGGUAAUAAAAUCAUCGAGGGCCUCCUCCCACUCCAUGUUGCCAUCGAGAACACUUGCCAGCAUAAGUAUCUAGAGGACAACCUAUUAGUUGACGAGAACUACAGGAAGGGGAAUGUUGGGUACAUCUACAAGCUCAUACAUCUGCUUUGCCUGCCUGAGAUGAAGAUCUUCUUGGACACCACUAGAUUGCUUGCAGCUCACACUGAUAAUGUAGUCGAUGAGCUUUUGAAUUACAUCGAGCAUGGGAAGAUUGUCCCUGCAGCUAUUCUUCUCCUUGCAGCUCAAAGGCGAUUCCGUAAGCUCAAUGGUUUUGAUAUGAUCAAGAACCGUAUUGAUGAUUCUAUAUUCUCCCUGAUAAGGGAGGGGUGUGGAUUGCAAAUUGGUAAAAAUACCAAGGAAGCAAAGCAGCGGAAGGAGAAGGAAGUACGUUUCUAUAAUGUGUUGUUCCUUGUUAGGAUAAUUCUGAAAGCUGGUGAAGCUCUUGAUGCAUAUAUUCAAACUCAUUCAGAGGCAUCUCAUCACGAGGUCCAUGGAAAAGUUUCAGCAGUUCUCAAAAGUUAUGACGUUGGUCCUCUCGGAAAAGAUAUUUGCAUUGAAGACCUUCAAUGUUUCCCCUAUGACUGUGGAGGGCCGGACGGGGACACAGAUUUGACCAAGGCAGCCACUGGAUCACCUACUCCGGAAGUCAAGGAGAAAAAUGCUGUGGCAAAGGAACGACGAGUUAACCACCUGUAUGCAAGAGAUCAGUUUUUCCCGGUAUGGAGAUCAGUGCUGACAGCUCGGUUUAUUACGAAGAUCUUUCCGCCCUACACACCGAAGAAAGAGUUGCCGCUGUAUACUAGUGAUGGGGGCUCCGAGAAGUUGAGAGCUGAAAGGCACUCUCAUAUCCUUCUUGGCACGUUGGAGAGGAAUUAUCCGAGAGUGAGAGUAGCAAGUAAACCGACGCCCACAAGUAAGUAUCGGUCCAGAAGGUUGUUUGGCACUGCUGCAUCGACUGUCCUGAAGAUGCUUAAGCACGUAUGA